AUGCCAGUCCCUCUCCCCAUCGUCCUCCCCGCCGCAGCCGCCUCGCUGGCCUACCUCAACGCCAAAUCCGGCUUCUGGUACGACUACGCCCUCAUAAAGUCCUUCGUCAAGGCCUCCAUCCGCAUCCGCCGCGGCCUCAGGACCGACACAAUCAACCUCUUCUACGCCCUGGAGAGCCAUGCCCAGAGCGCCCGCUACGCCAACAAGGCGUUCCUCAUCUUUGACGGCAGGACGCACUCUUAUGCGCAGACGUACGACAAAGUCCUCCGCUACGGCCACUGGAUCAAGACCAAGUUUGGCGUCAAGCCCAAGGAUGUCGUGGCCAUGGACUUUGAAAACUCGGAUACCUUUGUGUUUGUGUGGUUUGCGCUGUGGUCUAUUGGCGCGAAGCCGGCGUUUAUCAAUUACAAUUUGACGGGGAAGCACCUGGCGCAUUGUAUCGAGGCGGCGAGCACGAAGCUCUGUCUGAUUGAUCCGGCGGUGGCCGCAAAUGUCGAUGAGGAGAGCGUGAAGAGCCUGCCGAAUGUCAACUUUGUCGUUUUCACGCCAGAGGCUGAAGCCGAGGCUGCAUCUACAGCUCCCGUGAGGAGCCCAAACGUGGAUAGGACCGACGAUGCCAUGUCCAACAUGGCAAUGCUCAUCUACACCUCUGGCACCACGGGUCUGCCCAAGGCGGCGGUCGUAUCAUGGGCGAAAUGCAUCUAUGGGGGGAGCAUAGUCGAGACGCUCCUAAAUCGUGGCGGCGGCGACAUCAUGUACACGUGUAUGCCCCUAUACCACUCCUCCGCCGCCAUCCUCUCCCUCUGCUCAACCCUCGUCGCCGGCUCAACGCAAGCCCUUGGCCGCAAAUUCUCAACAAAGACCUUCUGGGACGACUGCCGCGCCUCAAAGGCCACCGCGAUCCAGUACGUCGGCGAGACGCUGCGCUACCUGCUCGCCGCGCCUCCGCAGAUUGACCCCGUCACCGGCGAGAACCUCGACCGCAAGCACAACGUGCGCCUCGCCUUUGGCAACGGCCUGCGCCCGGACGUCUGGGACCGCGUCAAGGACCGCUUCGGCAUCGAGACCGUCGCCGAGUUCUACGCCGCCACCGAGUCGCCCGGCUCCGCGUGGAACGUCAGCAGCAACGACCUGGGCCGCGGCGCCAUCGGCCGCUCUGGCUGGCUGCACUCGCUCAUCACCAACAGCGCCGCGGCCCUCGUCGAGGUCGACCACGACACUGACGCUCCCUGGCGCGACCCCGUGACGAACCUGUGCCGCCGCGUCAAGCCCGGCGAGCCCGGCGAGAUGCUGUACCGCCUGCCGCCCGAGGACGUCCAGGAGCGCUUCCAGGGCUACUUCAACAACCCGGUCGCCUCCAACUCCAAGAUCCUGCGCGACGUCUUCGCCCCCGGCGACGCCUGGUUCCGGUCCGGCGACAUCCUGCGCCGCGACCCCAGCGGCUUCACCUUCUUCAGCGACCGCAUCGGCGACACCUUCCGCUGGAAGUCCGAGAACGUCUCCACCGCCGAGGUCAGCCAGGCCGUCGGGCUCCACCCGGCGGUGCGCGAGGCCAACGUCUACGGCGUGCAGCUGCCGCAUCACGACGGCCGCGCGGGAUGCGCCGCCAUCUGCUUUGACACGCCCGUGCCGGACGAGACGACGCUGCGGAGUCUGGCCGAUCAUGUUAAGGCGUCGUUGCCGCGAUAUGCUCGCCCCUUGUUCCUCCGACUUGUCAGGGAGGUGGGCGUGGGGAGCCAGACGACGGGGACGAACAAGCAGCAGAAGACUAGCUUGCGGGCUGCCGGGGUGAAGCCAAAGUUGAAGACGGCAACUGAGACCGAGGACGGCAGCGAUGCCAGCAAGGAAGAGGAGGUUGCUGACAUAUACUGGCUCAAAGGUAAUACGUACGUGCCCUUUAGGGAAAAGGAGUGGAGGGAGCUCGAAGGCGGAAGAGUCAAGUUGUAG